UGAUUAGCGAAAACAGCAAUACAAGUGUCCCGCCCGCAAUAAUAAAUAAAUAGAAAUAAAAGUGAUAAAAUCACAAUGUCAAAUAGUUUUAUUGGAUUUAUAGAACCAUUUGUUCCCGGUGGCGAUUUCCCUGGAUACAAGGACAGAAUGGAUCAAUUUUUUAUAUGUAACAAAGUUUCCGAUGAACUUAAAGCACCUCUAUUCAUCACCAUGUGCGGAGCCAAAGUUUAUGAGCUGUGCAAAAAGCUAACAACACCUCUUAUCGCAAGAAUCACCUAAAUGAGGAAUUAUUAGAUCAGCUAAUAAGAGGUCUUAGAAGUGAACGAAUUCAACAGAAAUUAAUGGAUGACCUAACCUCAAAUUUUGACAAAGCAUGUGAAAUUGCACUGCAGUUAGAGUUAACCAAACAAGGUCAAAUCGAAAUGCGUUCGAAUACAGUAAAUAGUCUAAAAAAUGAAAGUAACGGAAACAGAGAGAAACAUUCGUCACAAAAGAAGUCUGAUUGGAAGCAUAAAAAUCAAAAAAUACCACAGAAGUCAAAAAAGCCAUCUGAUGAAAUUUCAGUACAAAAGUUCAACAAAUGUAAACGAUGUGGAAGAAAGCACGACGAGAAGAAGUGUCCCGCGGUCAACUGGGAAUGUUUUAAAUGCGAACGUAAAGGUCACACUUCAUCAGUCUGUACAUCUGAGUCGAUCAAAGUCAUCAACAACAUCCACGGUGCCAGUGAAGCUUGCUACGUUACUGUCAAUGUCAACAAAAUCAUUAUCGAAAUGGAAGUGGAUAGUGGAGCUUGCACUUCAAUUAUUUCAAAGGAUGAGUUUGAUGAAAAAUUUAAAAAUGUCGAAUUGGUCAAAUCAAAUAAUAAUUUAAUAACUUUUUCAGGUCAGAAAAUAUUAGAAUGUGGAUCAUUCAUUGCUGAAGUGUGCCAUCGGAAUGUUGUUGUCAGUCUAAAAAUGUCAGUCGUCAAUAUUGGAAAAAGGUUCAAGCCACUAAUGGGCAGAACAUGGUUGGAUAAAUUAUUUAGUGGUUGGCGUAAGAGGUUUGAAACCAAUAUAAUUAGCUUGAUCGAACAUAAUGAUAUAAAUAUAAAAUAUAUAUAA